UUUGGCGAAAUAGUUGAUACAUUGAAGAAGCUUCUGAAAUCUCCAUUGCAGCAGCUAAUACAAACAGGCUGUACGUGAGCUAUAUCAUCAGCGCCAUGGUGUCGCCGGCGGACGAAAUCAACGGCGGCGAGAGCGCCAUACGCGACGUGAAGCUAUCGACGGUGGUUCCGGGGAGCAUCACGGGGGAGGACAACACUUACCAGUUCACCGACCUUGAUUUGGCGAUGAAGCUCCACUACAUAACGACGGUGCAUUUCUAUGGCGCCGCCGCCGUAGAAGGUUUAGGAAUCUAUGAUUUUAAGAAGCCGAUGUUCCUCUGGCUCCAGCACUGUUAUCCAAUCUGCGGCAGGAUUCGCCGCCGCGACGGCGGCCGGCCCUUCAUCAAGUGCAACGACAGCGGCGUUCGGAUUGUGGAGGCGGACUGCUCGAUGACGGUGGCGGAGUGGCUGGACCGCCGCGGCGGCGGCGACCACCACCGCCUGCUCGUCUACCAUCAACCGAUCUUCGCUAACGACUUCGGCUUCACGCCGCUCGUGUUCCUGCAGCUAACUAAGUUCAAGUGUGGAGGACUAUGUGUGGGGAUGAGAUGGGCACAUUUUCUUGGAGAUGCAUUCUCAGCUACACAAUGCAUCAAUCUAUGGGGAGAGAUCUUGGCCACACAAUCACUCCCACCCCAUUUCCACCUCAUUUCGGGUUCGGGUCCGAGUUCGGGUUUGUGUUUGGGUUUGGGUUCGGGCUUGUGCCGGUCUUUAAAAAUGCUCAAACCCCUCGGCGACAACUGGCUAACACCGAACAAUUCAAAGUUGCAAAUGCACACUUUCCACAUAACUCAAGAACACUUGAACGAUCUACUCGCCGAACACGACGAGGUAAGGCCUUUCGAAUUAAUAUCUGCGUACAUUUGGAAGUCGUUGGCCAAAAUUAGAGGGAACGAUGCAAAAAUAAUCGUGACCGUACGCAAAAAAGGAGGUUCCUUUGAUCGUAAUAAAUUGUUAGGAAAUACGCAUCAAAUGAUAGGUGUAGUGGAGGCUAAGACGACGAGCGCGGUUGCGGAUGGCAACCCGCUUGACUUAGCCAAGAUGAUUGGCGGCGGGAAGCUCGUCGACGAGACGAGCGUGGUUGAAAAGUGGUUAGGAGAUCAGAAUCUCGAUUGUGUUGUUUAUGGUUCGAAUCUUACUUUUGUGAAUUUGGAAGAAGUCGAUCUACACGGGCUACGAUUUAAGGGGAGGUCACCGGUUUUUGCUAGCAUUAGCAUUGGCGGCGUCGGCAAUGGCGGCGCGGUCGUUGUGGGCCCCGCCGUCGCAAAAUUGGAGGAUGAGAGGGGAGGUGGGAGGAGUGUGAGUGUUGUGUUGCCGGAGUGCGAAGUUGAUUACUUAAAUAAUGAACUUAGAGGUUUUUGGGAUACGGUUUCAAUCAGGUCCUGAAUUUAUUAUUAUUAUUAUUAUUAUUUUUUCAAGUAUGUAUUGAUGAUAAAAUAAAUAGAUUGUUUGUGCUAUUUGAUACCAACAUCAUGAUGUAUUUGCUUUGUUAUCAUCAAUUCAUUUCUAUGAAUAGUAGCAAUCAAUAGAAGAG